CACACAGAGGACCACACGAAUCCACAAUCACAGUUUCAUUCUGUGAAAAGUAGCGAAUGAUUGCUGUUGUGGCACUAAAUAUAAGUUGUUGCACACACAAAUUCGCAUUCGCUUCAGUGCUGUCGGCCCGCCGCUGAUCUGAUAUUUACAUUAUUCGUCACAAGUUUAGCGUAGUUGGAGGAAAAAAGUGCGACCAUUCGUCAGCCGUUUUCUGGUGUAAAUAAAUACUACGCUCGGUUCUGCUUGCGAAACAGCAGAGAUAACGGAUCGAUUUGGUUUCUAUGAUUGGUGGCUGCGAAUUUUGAUUGGGAUUUGAUUUUCUUUUUUCGAUGAAGCAUACGCUUUGUUGACGUGUAUGUUGAGACUGAUCGUCAUCUCACAAGUGGAUUUGAUUUAGUUCAGUAUACAGGAAAUUGUUCCCAAAACAAGAAGAUUGUGGGGUGUUCAUCGAAAGCAAUAAUUAAAUUUGCUUUUCUGGGAAGGUGAUAAGGUUUCCUAUCUAAAUAGUUGAUCUAUAAUCUGGUAACUGUGUACACACAUCUGCUGCGAAUAGUGAAGAAAGUGGCACGGAGCUGUCAACAACACAGUGGAAUAGUGGAACCGUGAUGAUUACUUUAUUGGGAGUGAAUUUCUAGCGAUAUUAUUUAGGUUAUAAAAAGCGCCGCGAUGGGAGUGUGUUUAUGCAAGGAUAAAGUCGAGGAAGGAUACUUGAAUGAGAACAGUCGUGAUUCAUACACGCCUAGUGGAAACGACGGCGCUGGCGAUGGCACUCAUGGUGGUGGGCGAGGAGGAUUUACGGGAGGGUACGGAGGACGGUCUUGUGCCAGAACUGAUUUCCAGAAGGUUUCACUUUCGGACACGGUCGACGAGCUUGUGAAGGAAACGCUGGAGAUUAUUGGAUCCAUUGUGGACAAUGAGCCUGAACCGCCCAACUCGAUGGUCAUGUUGCACGAUAUAACCGAUAAGCCUUCAGGUUGGAUCCAGCUGGUUAAAUCCCUCAUACGAGUCGUUCCUCUGGAACACCCAAUGGGUCCGAGUGUUAUCACGCUGCUACUAGACGACAGUCCACUGCCAACAAAGGAUUCAGUUCUUGAGGUUGCCGACAUGAUAACGCACUCAAUCAGACGUACACCAAAGCGGGAACGAAACCUGUGUGUCAUCCUUGGCUGCCUGGCAGAGAAGCUGGCCGGGCCAAGCAGUAUAGCGGUAUUAUCGGACGUCACGCUCGGUUAUCUGUUGGGAAAUCUCGACGAGGGCAUUAAUCCGGAUGUGAUGCUGUUUUCACUGAUUGCACUGGAGAAAUUUGCCCAGACAAGCGAGAAUAAGGCGACAAUAAAGCGCAAACUGGCUCUGUAUCCUGAAAACCCACUGACGCGUCUUGAGAGGCACACGAACAGUCAUGAAUUCAUCUUUAGGCAGGUUGGAUUUUGUGCCCGAUGGUGCCUCGAUAACUAUUUCCUUAUCGAGGGUCGCAAGUACUCGUACGAGGUGACGGACAUGAGUAACGUCAACGUAAUGCUGAACACGCGGGACGUGAGCGAAUACCUCAAGAUCUCACCUGACGGGCUGGAGGCACGAUGCGACGCGUAUUCGUUCGAGAGUGUUCGAUGCACCUUCCAAGUGAACACAGGCUGCUGGUACUAUGAGGUGUUGAUUAUUACCCCCGGAGUAAUGCAAAUUGGUUGGGCGACUAAGGAUUCGAAUUUCCUGAGCCACGAGGGCUACGGCAUCGGAGAUGACGCAUAUUCGAUAGCGUUCGAUGGCUGCCGAAAACUGAUCUGGCACAAUGCUCGCUCGAUGCCACAUGAUCUGCACAUUUGGAAGGGCGGCUCGGUUUUGGGUUGUUUGUUGGAUCUAGAUGCACGGGAGGUCAUAUUCAGUCUGGACGGGGUUGAGGGUGGCGUACUCAAUCAGGUGUUCGGUAGUGCAAAGGAUGGGUUCUUUGCAGCAGCCUCUUUCAUGUCGUUCCAGCAGUGUCGGUUCAACUUUGGCGCGGCACCCUUCGUAUAUCCACCGAAAGACAGACAGUUCACGAGCUUCAACGGUCACGCACAGAUGAAGGAACAGGAUAAAAUCGUCCUCCCGCGACAUCUGUUCCUGGAACAGCUUCGGAAAUUGAGCGUUCGAGAAGAUUCCUGCACGCUUUGUUUCGAUAUGAAAGCAUCGAUCCGGAUAGAACCCUGUAAACAUCGCGGAUUCUGCACAAAUUGUGCAGCUCAGCUACAAUUUUGCCCGAUGUGUCGGGCGGAGAUCGUAAGCACUGUGCAUGAGGUAUCUCUAGAUAGCCCCGUUUCAGAAGAUGCUAUCGGUAUGACUUGAUAGCGAAGUACUAGAACGUAGAUAUGAUCGGGUAAGCAUAAUUGUGUAUUUUUUUAAAAACAGAAAUGCAGACGAUUUUAAAACAGUUGAAAUAGCGAAGCAAAACAAGAAGCAUAGGCUAACGUUUGUGAUAAUAUGAAUAAUUGAAAAUAGCUAUUACUAAUCUAAGAGGGAAAAGCCCCAACACAGAAGCCAUUUGAAAACUGAUGGUAAAAUAGUUCUACAGUUCUCCGGGAUCAUCACAGUCAUGUACUUAAUGAUCAGAAAUUGAAUGUAAUUCAACUUUAUCACUACCCUGUGGUUUGCACAUUCGAGAAAAAAAAUGUCAUCUCUGUUUCUAAUUCCAAAUGUCUUCCGAGAAAGAAAAUAAAAGGACAUAUUAAAUGGAUAUUGACACUAGCGAGACCUGAAACAUUGUUAUAAAACCAUAUUUGCAUGAACAGGCGCUAAAAAAAGAAUCUAAAUUUGUUGGACAUCUAAUUGUUGAUAGUUUUGGCUUCUUAAAGCUGUUACGAUAGUUAGUCUUAGGUUUAGCAUUACCAAUAUUCAUUAUAUGAAAUGAAGCCAUUCGUUCGUUUUAGCUAGCAUUAUUAUGUAACGGAAGAAAACCUCAUACUGUAUAUGUUUAUGAAAUAACAAUAAUAAGUCAGUUCAGCGUUUUAAACUGUACAGCCUAAUGUCGUAAAGAUUUAUGAAGAAAUUAGUCAUGUUUCGUUUUAUGGAUUGCUCCAAUUCGUUUAAACUUAUUCGGUUAGUUGAUAGCACACACAAACACGUUGUAGAACAAAACGGAAAUUGAUAAAAAAAAAAUUAACUGUACGGAAUCGAAAUGACUGAUAUACUUUUGUAUGAACUGCGAGCACAAACUAGUAGACCGAAAACAAUGUGUCGAUUUAAUAAAGUAAACUACAGAACGAUACACGCUUGGAAGGAUAGAAACAAGAAAUAAGCAAUCGCUAAUUCUGAGAUCAUUUGCGAUAUUAAAACAUUGACAAUUAUGUUUCAUUUUUCUGACAAAUAUAUCACAGCUCAUUUUAAUUUAGAUUACGGCCACUGUGGAUUUUUUCAAGAGGUUCGUUUUUAUGUAACGUGGAGCUCCCUUUUACCAGCAUAGUUCCGCUCACUUGACAUAAAGUAAUGUUUUUCCCAUUAGCAAUCUUAUUUCUUCUGAUAAUUUAUAUUUGUGCAUACUCGCAAACUAUAAUUAAUCGAAAAAUUGUCAGCCAAGUACUAUUAGUUGUAGUAGUAUAGGUAAACCCACGUGUAAAAAUUGGGUAAUAGGGUUUGUGAGAGAAGAGCAAAGCACACGUAAAUAGAU